GGUCUCCUCGUACUCGUCACGCUGGAAGGGGAACAAGGAAGUGAAAUAAGAGAGCGAGGAGGAAACCUGAAGUGAAGUGGACUGGUGUGAGACCUCGAUUGUCAUUUCAUCACUGUUACUCCACGGUUACUGUACCCGCCGAGCACCAUGGCUGAAGCAGACAUUGCACUGAUUGGAUUGGCUGUCAUGGGCCAAAACCUCAUCAUGAACAUGAAUGACCAUGGCUUCGUGGUCUGUGCCUACAACCGAACCGUGUCCAAGGUGCACGACUUCCUGAAGAAUGAGGCAAAGGGCUCCAAGGUGGUCGGAGCAGAGUCCCUUGAGGACAUGGUGUCCAAGCUGAAGAAGCCCAGAAGGAUCAUCCUGCUGGUGAAGGCCGGACAGGCUGUGGAUGACUUCAUUGAUAAACUGGUUCCUCUUCUUGAAGCUGGGGAUAUCAUCAUUGAUGGUGGCAACUCUGAGUACAGAGACACAACCCGGCGGUGCCAGAGUCUGAAAGCGAAGGGCUUGCUGUUUGUUGGCAGCGGAGUCAGUGGCGGUGAGGAAGGGGCACGUUAUGGACCCUCACUCAUGCCAGGAGGACAUAUAGAGGCCUGGCCACACAUAAAAGACAUCUUCCAGAGCAUCGCUGCCAAGGUUGGAACAGGAGAACCUUGUUGUGACUGGGUCGGAGAUGAGGGUGCAGGUCAUUUUGUGAAAAUGGUCCAUAAUGGCAUUGAGUAUGGCGACAUGCAGCUGAUUUGUGAGGCCUAUCACCUGAUGAAGGAUGUUCUGGGUAUGGAUCAUGAUGAGAUGGCACAGGCCUUCGACAAGUGGAACAAGACAGAGCUGGACUCCUUCCUCAUCGAGAUCACGGCUAACAUCUUCAAAUACAGGGACUCUGAUGGGACACACCUGCUGCCCAAGAUCCGCGACAGCGCCGGACAGAAAGGCACAGGGAAGUGGACGGCCAUCUCAGCCCUGGAGUACGGCACACCUGUCACUUUGAUCGGGGAGGCUGUCUUUGCCAGAUGCCUGUCCUCACUCAAGGAUGAGAGAGUUGAGGCCAGCCGCAGCCUUUCAGGGCCGCAGGGGGUCAAAUUCAGCGGUGACAAGGAAGCCUUCCUGGAAGACAUCAGAAAGGCCCUCUACGCCUCCAAGAUCAUUUCCUACGCACAGGGCUUCAUGCUGCUGCGUCAGGCAGCCAAAGAGUUCGGCUGGUCCCUCAACUACGGUGCCAUCGCUCUGAUGUGGAGGGGAGGCUGCAUCAUCCGAAGUGUCUUCCUGGGUAAAAUCAAAGAAGCGUUCGACCGGGAUGCAGAGCUGCAGAACCUGCUGCUGGACACUUUCUUCAGUAAUGCUGUGCAGGACUGUCAGGAGUCAUGGCGCAGAGCAGUCAGCACUGGAGUCCAGCAUGGCAUCCCUAUGCCCUGCUUCACCACAGCUCUGUCCUUCUAUGAUGGUUACAGACAUGAAAAGCUGCCAGCAAACCUCCUCCAGGCCCAGAGGGACUACUUUGGGGCCCACACAUACGAACUGCUGUCAAACCCCGGUCAUUUCAUCCACACCAACUGGACGGGUCACGGAGGAAACGUCUCCUCCUCAUCCUACAAUGCUUAAAGAUCAUCUUACAUCUCUGAAAACCACAAAACCAGAUGACAGGACGAAGAUGAGGGGAAACGAUUUGAGACAACAUGUUACACAUUCCAUCUUUGACUGAAUAUUUAGGAGCCACCCACCACAAAGAUUUCCUUUUCUUCAACUUUUCACCCCCCUCGAAGACGUGUUCAUGCAGUUUUAUUUAUCAAGAAAUGGAAUCAUAGAUUACGUGUGUUGUAAACUCUACACCCUCUGUGUUUUCUUGUAUCGACUUUUAUCACGUGUGGUGGAGCAGUAAAGAGUUGACUCCAUCUGGAAGCUAUUGAUAUGAUGCUGGCUAUCAGGCUAAGGUUCACCUGUCAUGUUGGGCCCAGGGUUCACUGUGUUAACACUGGAUUAAGGUGAACAGUUGCACUGUACUGUAUUAGGCUAAAUAAAGAUUUCAAUCCCUUUAUAA